GAAGCCUCGCCACAGUGUUGAACGGAUCGCGCAGAGAACAACAGCUCAUUCGCGAAGCGAGCGAAACGCGUGCGCGGCAUUGCUUGCACGGUAUUUUGCGUUGACCGCCGUCGUCGUGGUCGUCGUCGUCGUCGUCGUUGGAAAGUGUGUCCUCCACGUUUUUGGAGAUUAGCGUGAUCGUUUGUGUUGGCUGUGAACGGUGGUACGGUGUGGUAGAUUUAGUUAAAGGUUACCUGAGUGCUACUAUCUUCUGGAGGGUGUUGUAAUAUCGAGCAAUAUAGCUAGCAGACCCUGCGAACGAAAAAAGCCAUCGCUAAACGGAACUGAUCGUAAUUACAAAUUCACAUACGUGCGCACGUGGUUCUAGUGGUGAAUGUUGAUAACACUCCAGAGAUGGCACCACGAUCGCGAUUGGUACUGCAGCUACUACUGCUGAUCCUGCCGGUUCAGCUGACCUGGGGACAAUAUUUCGGCCAGCAGCUGAAGAGCGUCAUUCGAUGGCAGGCAGCCGACUUUGCGUUCCCGACACCGCAGGAACGGCAGCAGGCGCUAGCAUCGGGACGCUAUAUUCCCGACAACUGCCUUCCGCUCGACAUGGAUGUGGAUUAUUCCAAUCCAGCUCGUUCUCGGCUGUUUGUGACCAUUCCGAGGUUUGUGGAUGGCAUCCCCUAUACGCUGGGCCGUGUGAGUAAAACGCAGGGACCAUCGGGUCCGCUGAUAGAACCCUACCCGAACGCAGCUAUCCAGGCUUAUCCGAGUAGCAACAACUGUGACGGGAUUGUUUCCGUUUUCCGCAUAAAGAUAGACGAAUGUAACCGAAUGUGGAUUCUCGAUACGGGCAAGAUUGGAGAAAAGCGCAUCUGUCUGCCACAGCUGGUGGUGUACGACAUGAAAACCGACACAAUGGUGCAUCGCUAUCGAAUCCCUGCCGACCAGCUCGUGUGUGAACUGUCGCUGCUGGUGAACUUGCUUGUCGACGUCCAGGACCCGUCACCGCUUGGCUCGUGCAAGAAUACGAAGGUGUACAUGGCGGAUGUGACCGCGCCGGCCAUGAUCGUGUACGAUAUGGCAAAAGGCAAAUCGUGGCGCAUAACGAACAAGCAGAUGCACCCCAACCCGGACUAUGGCACCUUCACCAUCGCGAACGAGAGCUUUGAUCUGAUGGAUGGAAUCGUGGCCAUGGCUUUGUCGCCCCGCAUACCAUCAGACAAUGUGGUAUUUUCAUCGAACUACGGCACCAACUGGCGCCCGUCCAACGAUCGGCUGAUGUACUUCCAUGCGCUCGCAUCGCUCACGGAGAAUGCGGUCCGCACUUCGGUGCUGCUUAACGAUACCAUUUGGGAGGAGAACACGGAAGCACUGCCACGCGCCUUCCGGCCGAUAGGCACCCGUCCGUCACAAACCGCCGCUCAAGCGAUGGACAGCAACGGGAAUCUAUUCUUUGGGCUGGUGGCACAGAAUGCGAUCGCCUGCUGGGAUUCGACGACCCCGUACAACCCGUCGAACAUGCGCAUCAUUUCACAGAACAGUGAAACGCUGCAGUUCCCGAGCGGCGUCAAGAUCGUGCGCAACCGCAAGGGGGCCGAAGAGCUGUGGGUGUUGACGUGUCGUUUGCAGAAGUUUUUGACCGGUACGCUCAACACCAACGAGACCAACUUCAGAAUACAGGCCAUACAGAUUCCGGAGUUGCUGGGAUAUAAGAGCUCGUGUCGAGUGUGAAUGUAUGCGUGCGCGUGUGUGGAAUGGCUCUGCGGAGGUGAAAGCGAACGCUUACAAAUAAAUUCAGUUACCAGUAAGAUAAA